AUGAAGGCAUACUGGUACGACAACAAGCCGGGUGACCAGCGCGAGCCCCAUGACUCUGGACGUCCUGUCUCCAAAGACUACCUCGCUUCUCUCGGAGUUUUCUACCGCUACUGCCCUGAUAUCGAGUCUGUCAAUGCUUUGGCCAAGGAGCGCGGAUAUAAGAACCGCGAUGAGGUGUGCGUUUCUCCACAGACCAUGGGCGAUGUGUACGAGUCGAAGGUGAAGAUGUUCUUUGCUGAGCACCUUCACGAGGAUGAGGAAAUCCGGUACAUCCGCGAUGGUGAGGGUUACUUCGAUGUGCGCGGUCAGGAUGAUGAAUGGGUCCGUAUCCAGCUCAGCAAGGACGACCUAAUCAUCCUUCCUGCCGGUAUCUACCACCGAUUCACAACCGACGAGAAGAACAUGUCGAUACCAACCCCCACCGGAAGACAUAUCUUGGAACUCUCAGCACAAGUGCUGUGGCUGCAAAGUAAACGGGUGGCUUGCUAG